AUGACCUCGGCCGUAUGUCAGUCCCUCAUCAAAUCUGCUGCCCAGGUCUUACCAUUAAAGCGACUUGUAUCCACGUCUUCCCAUCUCUCCGCCCGUGCACUAUCACCAGACGAAUUAGCCCACGAAACUUGUCCAAUCACAAGAGCCGUUUCAGCGUUACAGAACACAUUUGGUGUCACCAAUGACUUCAUCGAGGAAGAACAAAUCAGCACAGGUGUUAAACCGUUCAGUCAAGUACCCGGACCUAAAGGGCUGCCUGUUGUAGGAACGCUAUUUGAUUACUUUAAAAAAGAUGGUUUACGGUUCAACAAGAUGUUUGAGGCCUAUCAGCAGCGCGCCGAAGAAUUCGGGCCAAUCUUUAAAGAAACCAUUGCAGCAAUUUCCACCGUUGUUAUAAGCGACCCGUCCGAGUAUGCCAAGGUGAUCCAGACUGAGGGGCGUUAUCCGAUCCGAAGGGAGAUGGAACCUAUGGCCUAUUAUCGAACACAGAAAGGGAUGGGACUGGGGCUCGUUAAUUCACAAGGGGAGGAAUGGCACAAAUAUCGAACUGUACUUAGCAAGAAAAUGUUGAAACCCAAAGAGGUGUCAGAUUAUUGUGGCUCCAUGAACGAGGUUGCCAAUGAUUUCAUGGAUAGACUGAAGUACAUACAGGAUGAGAACUGUGAGGUACCAGCGUUAGAGAAGGAACUCUUCAAAUGGGCGAUGGAAUCUAUAGGAACUGUUUUGUUCGAGGAAAGAAUAGGAUGCUUUUCAAACCCCACCCCUCCUAUGGCCCAAGGCUUCAUCGAUAACUUGAUGGGAUAUUUUAAAUGUAUGCAACCACUGAUGUACAACAUUCCCCUUUACAAGAUUUACCCAACGAAACUCUGGAAACAGUACGAGCAAUAUGCAGAUAACGUUAUUGCUUUGGGGAGGCAGUUCGUUGACAAGAAAGUCAACGCUAUUAAGCAGCAAGUAGAUAAUGGUGUUGAAGCAUUCGGGCAUGAAGAAAAGUCGGCGUUUUUGACAUAUUUGUUGUCCCAGAGUUCUCUAACGCCGGAAGAAGCUAACUCUUCCGCAGUCGACCUGAUGAUGGGUGCGGUGGAAACGACUUCCAAUGGAACAAUAUGGACACUGUACUGUCUGGCCCAAAACCCAGAGGCCCAAGAAAAAAUAUAUGAAGAGUUGUCAAAGGUUCUCCCAGAGGACGGGGAAAUCACUGCCAAGAACUUAACGGACAUUCCCUACAUAAAAGCCUGUUUAAAGGAAACGUUUCGAAUUUAUCCAAUUACAUUCGCCACAAGUCGUUAUCUGCAGGACAACACAGAGAUCGCUGGAUAUGAGGUGCCCGCGGGGACGCACGUGCAGGCAAACAUCUUCGGGAUGGGCCGUGACCCCAAUCUGUUUCCAGAGCCCGAAAAGUUCCUCCCAGAGCGCUGGCUUAGGGGUAACACGAGUACGGACUUGAGGGCCUUCUCUAAUCUGGUCUGGGGACACGGGGCGAGAAUGUGUAUAGGACGGCGAUUUGCCGAACAGGAAAUUUACAUUGCGUUAGCCAAGAUUAUCAAAAACUUCCGCCUGGAAUAUCGUCACGAGGAUCUGGAGCCUGUUCUCAACACCAUUAUGACACCCGACAGGCCAGUCAAAAUCGCGUUUGUCCCCAGGAACAAAGCCUCGAGCUAA